AUGCAGAACCUGCCAACAGUUGGCGAGCUUCGAGCAUGUAUCCCAGCUGAAUGCUUCGAGAAAUCCCUUCCUACCUCACUCGCUUAUCUCUGUUGGGAUGUUCUUGUGAUCGCUGGUCUCUACAAAUUAGAACCUUUCUUUGAAAUGUUCUCCUUGCCUGGAAUGAUUUUUUGGUAUUUCUUGAUGGGUAUGAUGGGCUUCGCGGUGUUCGUUGUUGGACAUGAUUGCGGGCACGGCACUUUCUCCAAGUACAAGUGGUUCAACGACAUCAUUGGUCAUUUGACGCACGGCGCUCUUCUUGCUCCGUACUGGCCCUGGCAAAAGAGUCACCGACUCCAUCAUACAUUCACCUCACAUUUGGAAAAGGAUCACGGUCAUCCCUGGAUCACCAAUGAAACUCAUGAGCGAUGGGGUGACAUGGAAAAAUUCUACGCCAACAAUCCGUUCACCGCUCUCAUCAGAUGGUUUGUCUACACGAUCGCCGGCGUCACCGAUGGAUCCCAUUUUUGGCCUUUCUCGCGAAUGUUUGACAACACAAAGGAGCGUAUUCAAUGCGCUGUUUCUGGGCUUGCCUGUCUCACUUGGGCUACGGCUGCUUUCUGGUAUCUUGACUACGAUUUGUACACUUGGACAAAGUUUUAUUUGCUUCCUGUUAUCGCUCAAGGAUUCUGGCUCACCAUGGUCACCUAUCUUCAACAUCAAACAGAAGAUAUCAAGGUCUUCGAGGACGGCACCUGGGGCUAUGUGAAGGGACAACUCCAGACCAUUGAUCGACCAUACGGGUUCGGCAUCGAUCAAUUGAUGCAUCACAUCACCGAUGGACACGUCGCUCAUCACCUCUUUUUCACGCAAAUUCCUCACUACAAUUUGAUGAAAGCGACGCGAGCUCUGCAGAAAAAACUACAGCCGCUUGGAGUCUACAGACAUCAGAAAUCCCACGAUUUUCUCUUCCAAUUCUACCAACUGAAUCGAAAACUGACACAUUUGCUCGGCAAGGGCACCGGCCUUUUAAAUUAUGCUACAAAGACGAAGACCAAU